CAUGUCAGUACUGAGUCUAGCCUUUACAUAACCAUUCUCUUCAAGCUAAAUCCGAAUUCUGUCACGUCCAUCGUUCAUCGUUCUGCAUCAUGAUGUCCAACAACAACACGGCGGCCGACACUGGAACCCAUAGUCCUUCGAUCAAUAAACUAGACAGCAAUCUUGAAGCUGACAUUGCUCAUUUGAGCACCCUUCUGUUAAACGGCUCAUUGAAUGGCAGUCAUGGAACAGAAGACCUGAUGGAAAUCUUGGCACAUCUAGAUAGCGCUGAUGAUGUGGCCAAAGGCAUUGAGGGGAAAUUAGACGGGAUAUUGGGAACCUUGGAUAAUCUCUUGACAUCCCUCGAGACCCAUGAUGAGGCGAGCAUUGAGGAGAAAGUAGUAUCAGUAGAGGCAGAACGAGUCAUCGUCUCAACAGAGAGCAAGACUACCGAUGGGCCUACUCUCUCGCGUUAGCAAGAUGGUUACUGCAUCGUUCACAAUGUGCCCCGACAUCAGAACCGACCUCACAGCAAGUUCUUCAAACAUACCUAUCAUCGGUCAUGACACAUGACGAAGCCGUUAUUAGUUGCGUUUCUGAUCACUCUACAAAUGAGCCUACUUGAUCUCGAGAAAGAUGUUGUUUGACCUGGCGUGCGGAGAGCUUGGGAUAACCACGGGGUCCGACAGUCUUCAAAGUGGUACUCAUGUCAGGAACUGCUGUAGGGUGUCCCUGAUCGUACGGGCACAGUCGAACUCAAAGCCUUAUAACGCACACUGUCUAUAGGAGAUCCAGGCUGUGGGUUAUA